GGUAGUUCAUUCUACUCGUUGUACAUGACGGGGAACGACUACGUUGACACGGAACCGCUGAAGGCCAAUAUGUUUACUCUGGCAGUAGGGGAAGAGGCAUAUUCAUUUGUAGGGACUAUAGGAACAAGUUUCGGAUCUCGAUCGACGACACCUUUCAUGAACAACCUUGCUCGUAAUAUGAUAAGGAACUAUCAGACUGUGAAAGGAUUCGCCAACAGCCUGCACCCAUUCAUAGAGAUAACAAACAACACGGUAUGCUGGAGUAGCUUUACCCGCAUCAACAAGCGUUAG